AUGCCAGUACCAAUAAAAGCUAGCGCUAAGAGUGACAUUAGAAAGGAGAGCGUGGAUGAUAUUAAGAGUCUCCAGUUUAGGAGCAAGAAAGAAAAGGAGAGGCUGAUCAAUAAAGUGAUCAACCAAAUGAUGGUUAAUCCUUCAUAUGUUUGCUUAGAUGAGUUGACCAUAUUGGAAGAUUUUCGAAGAGCUCUCCUUAGAAGGGUGAGAAAUCAACAAGCUAGAACGUCGAAUUUGAAAGCGUUCUUACAAACGCUAGAUGUUCCAAUAGCUGAUCCUACUCUGUACGCGGAGGUCUUCAAUGAAGAUAGCGAGUUCAUCAAGGUAGAUAAUAUUGAAGUAGUAGAUGCAUUUGAGACUCUAGUGAAAGAAGAGGACAGAUUGCCUAUUGGCUCCGUUAUUCAUCGAGAUAUAGUAGAAACGUAUCAGACCGAGCUAAAUCCCGAGGAGAGGAAGAAGGUAGUGAUAGUAGCUGGACUAUCGGAAGGUCUAUGCUGUGUGUUCCCAGAAGUAAAUGGUUCUACAGAAAGUGUAGAAGCGGUGAUCGAUGGAGGAUCGCAGAUUGUAGCUAUCAAUGCAUGGGUUGCCCAAGGUGUAGGCUUAAAAUGGGAUCCGAAUUCAGUGAUCCACAUGCAGUCAGCCAAUGGGCAAAUCAAAUCAAUGCUUAGGCUUUGCAGGAAUGUUCCUUUCAAGUUUGGGGACUACAAUUACAUGUAG